CUCCCGGAGUUUCCCGCCCGGAAGUUCCGGUCCCUGCGGCCCUCCGACGCGGCCAGCCAGAAGGUUGGUGCGAUGGGGGCAGAGGCACCCCGGCCUCGGGGCUCUGGGAGCCGAACCGUGAAUGAGUCGCAGGCGGGGCACCGAAGUGCAGGUGCGAGCCGCGCUAUGCUUCCAGAGCCCUCUGUGCAUUUCCAAGAGCAAACAAAAAUGGAUACAUCUCUGGGCUUGGUGUCAUUUGAGGAUGUGGCUGUGAACUUCAGCUGGGAUGAGUGGCAGGACCUGGAUGAAGCUCAGAGGACCUUGUACAAGGAUGUGAUGCUGGAGACCUACAGCAGCCUGGUGUCCUUGGGGCACUGCAUCCCCAAACCUGAUGCGAUCAUCAAGCUGGAGCAAGGAGCAGAGCCGUGGGUGGCAGAAGAGCCCCCAGACCAGAGCCAUCCAGGGCACUGCAUCCCCAAACCUGAGGCGAUCAUCAAGCUGGAGCAAGGAGCAGAGCCGUGGGUGGCAGAAGAGCCCCCAGACCAGAGCCAUCCAGAUAUCCAGAAAGUGGAGGAUCUGAGUGAGACCAGCCAGGAGAGUCGAGAAAGACAUCUGUGGCAAGUUGUGAUCACCAGACGCAGUGCAGACGAAGAGAGAGUUGAAUUACAAAGAGCAUUUAAUUUAAGCUCAAGCCAGAUUUCAGAGCUGAUUGUAAGUAAUGGAAACUACUUAGGAAUGAGGAUGGAUGAGCUUGUUGUAUAUCAGAACAUGCUUCUUCCUGGUGAGCCUGAUACCAUGCAUGUAGGAGAGGGGCCUGGUGCCUGUGACCUGACUGGAAAGCCCCUCAGGCACCCUGAGCAUCUUGGUCCACAACACCAGGUUCAAGCGAUGCAGCAGGACCUUGAGCGGGGUGGAGAAGGUGGGGCCUGUGGCACAGGGACGAUAUUCUUCAUCCAGGAGAGGGUUCACCUGGGAGAACCCUCCUGCAAAUACAGUGCCUAUGCGGAGGGCUGUGGUCAGUUUGCUGUUGGUGUCCAGGGGGUAACCCAUGUGGGAAGGAGAGCUUAUGAGUGUGGGGUCUGCCGAAAGACCCUCUCCAUCAAGCCCACACUCACUCACCACCAGAGAACGAAACCCUGGGUGUGCAGUGAAUGUGAGAGGCCCUUCCUGACACAGCAAAGAACACAUACACAGGAGCCCUGUAAGUGUGACUUGGGUGCUCAGUCUCUCUGCCAGAAGCCAGACCUCACUUUGCAGCCGAGAGCUCACGCAGGGGAGAAGCCUCAUGAGUGUCACGAGUGCGGGAAAUCUUUCUACCGCAGGUCAGACCUCACCGUGCACCAGAGGACCCACACAGGGGAGAAGCCCUAUGAGUGUGAUGAGUGUAGGAAGUCUUUCAACCAGAAGUCGAAUCUGAGCAGGCACCAGAGGACCCACACAGGAGAGAAGCCUUAUGAAUGCAGCAAAUGCGGGAAGUCUUUCAACCAGAAGUCAGACCUUAUUCUACACCAGAGGACCCACACAGGAGAGAAGCCCUAUGAAUGUAAGGAAUGCGGGAAGUCUUUCUACAAGAAGUCAGACCUCACUGUGCACCAGAGGACGCACACAGGAGAGAAACCCUAUGAAUGUGAUGAGUGUGGGAAAACUUUCUAUCAGAAGUCAAAACUCACUGUUCAUCAGAGAACACACACAGGAGAGAAGCCCUACGAAUGUAAGGAGUGUGGGAAGUCUUUCUACCAGAAGUCAGACCUCACUGUACAUCAGAGGACCCACACAGGAGAGAAGCCCUAUGGAUGUAGCAAAUGUGGGAAGUCUUUCUACCAGAAGUCUGUCCUCACUGUGCACCAGAGGACCCACACGGGAGAGAAGCCCUAUGGGUGUGAUGAGUGUAGGAAGACCUUUUGCCAGAAAUCACACCUCAGCAGGCACCAGAGAACUCAUACAAGGUAGAAACCUGUGCUUCAAGAAUGUGGGAAAAUCUUUUGAUAGGAAGUCAGACCUCAGUAGGCACCUAAGAGCUCACAGGAGAGAAAAGCCAGCCUUUGUCAGAGCAGUCAUCAAGCUUCAGAGAACUUCCACAAGGAGCGCUGCAUGGCAGAGGCAGGUGUAUGCUCCCCACUCUCCUUUCAGUGGACAUACACUGAGUCUACACUUCUCAGCCUCACUGUUGUAUCCUGGACCUGAGUGCUGUCCAGAGGGGUGUGUAUGCAAGUGUGGAUGUCAUGCCCACAUCUAGCGACUGGUGACUGUGGUGCCUCCCUAUUUCCCAUAACCUGUGGGACUUAAGUCCAGAUGAUCCCAGGGUGAUACUGGGAGCUGUUGGUGGGAUAAGACCACUGUGAUUUGAGAAGGAAUUGAUUGAGGAGAGCAGAGAUCUCCAAAACUCUACCCCAGAAUCUCCCUUGUUACUUUGUAUUAGAGAGAAAUAAAUACUCUUAAGUCAU